AUGGAUUUGAACGAAUUCCGUUCGUUUAUAUUGGAAUCAGGGCUAGAUAUCUGGACGUGGAUCGACAUGUCUAUAUCGGUUGCCUGUGCCGAUCACGAAAACGAGCUGAAAACUCGGAGAGACGGAAUCAUUCAGAGGCUCUACGCACCGGCAUUUUCCGGGUGUCGGAAUUGCGAUAACGGGUUGUCGAAGGGUUCGAAGUGCGAUUUUAAGGAAGUUGAGGGGUGCCAGCAGAAAAAGGACGAUGUUGGAUUUGAGAGUGUAGAAAGAGAAGAAGAAAAAGAAGUUGAAGAUGAUGAAGAUGAUGAUAAUGAUGAGAAGAAAGAGAUUCUUGAAAUUAAGACACUUUUAGAUGAUGAAAACCAGAGUGAAGGGUGUUUGAUUGAGCUGCUGCAGAGGCUUGUGGGGAUGGAAACUACAUUCCAAACUCUUAAGGACACGGACAUUGGAAGGCAUGCGAGUAAACUGAGAAAGCAUUCUUCUAAUGAAGUGCGCAGGCUGGUGAAAAUUCUCGUCAGAAAGUGGAAGGAUAUUGUAGAUGAAUGGGUGAGACUGAAUGCACCUAUUGAUGAAGAAGCCACUCAAUUAAAUGAUGAUAAAGUUUCGCCUGAGGAAGCACAAAAAUCUUCUGUUUCUUGUUAUUCAACUCCACCAAAGGAAAAGGUGAAGUAUAAUCAGAUUAAAUCAGAUAAAUUAGGUUCAGCAAAUAAGCGCCUCCAUGAUCAAAUUUCUCAAGAAACUAACCAUGCCAAAAAAGAGAGGACAGAAAUAAGGGACUUUCACAAUGUGCAAAAACUGAAAAAUGCAGCUCUUAGCAACAAUGGAGGCAGUGUCCCUGUGAGAAACUGGUGA